GCAAUUCCAUGUCUGAAGAACUACAUUCCGACCUGAUUGCGUCGAUUUUCGGCGGGAAGCCUGCCAAAAUCGAGGAAUUCUUCUCGAAAUGGAAUUUCGCGAACGCCGCUGUCUCAAAAUUCGAUAUGGCGAACUCGGCAAAGAAUGAGCUCGGAGACCGGAUUUGUGAGGUUAUAGAAAACGGAGAGCUGACCCACGUGCUGCUGGAGACGAUAAAGAUUUUGAGUAGGGAAAAAGAUGGAUUGGAGGGCCUCCUGAACGACCCGCUCUGCGAUAAAAUCCUCGCCUUCGCGGAACUCUCGUCAAACGAAAAUAACUCGAAAACUGUCCACACACUAAUGGAGGCGCAAAAAUGUCUAAUCAACACUUUGUUUCACUCACAACGAAUGAGAGAUCGAUUUUAUGCAAACCCGAAAACUGGUGAAAAUUUGCAAUUUUUCCUCGGAGAAUUCGAGGAAAACCGCCGAAAAACGUCGUCAAUCGAUUGGAUUCGCCUUCUGAAUCCGGUUCAAGCCGCCGAAAUUUGGUAUUUCUAUCAUCGGAUCGCUUUUAUUGCAACUGCAUUGGGCAGGGAAUUUCAGAAAAACUGGGCCAACGACCCAAAAACCAUUGAUUCUCUGCUUUUGGCCGUCGAAAUUUGCACAAAUCGAUCAGAAAACAGCACUCAGGAUAUAAAUCGAGCUACCGAGGCGUUGAAGACGUUUUUCAACGUUUUUUGCCAUUUUCACGGAGAUGUGAAGGCUAUUGAUCAUAAAAACGCGGCAAAAACGUGCCAAAUCCUUCGUGACGCAAUUUGCUCCGAUGUGCUCACCGAUGACGUCGUUCAAUCUGCAAUUCAUUGCUUAUCAGUUCCACCACUACCAAUGGUCCUCUCAGUACUUUGUGGAAAAAAUUCAAAAAAUAACGGAGGAGAAAACGAGGAGGAGAAAUUCUUUGUUGAGGAACUUAGCAAUAUGCAGCUCACCGAGGCAAUUCUCAUGCAUUUGGAUAAGCAACUAACAAAAGUCGUUGCUCUACUGCUCAAUGAUGCUCCAAAUCAGCAGCAGAAUCCAAUGUUGUCGGCAGAAGCUUCAACACUUACAGAUCUUGUUGGACCAUAUUUUCAAGUUCUCGCUAGGCUUUGUACGGAUAGUAAAUAUGUUCGCAGAUAUUGUAGAAUUCGGGUAAUUCCCCCACUGGUAUCAGAAGAAGUGCAAAAACGGCCGGAGGAGAACAAUACACUACGUGGCCGAAUCGCUAGAAUUAUGAUGCUUCCGUCGUCAACGAAAGAUGUCGCCGCCGAGUUCCUUUUCAUUAUUUGCAAGAGAUCAGUGAAUCGAAUGAUCAAAUACCUUGGAUUCGGCCACUCGGCCGGUCACCUCGCAAAUUUGGGUCUUCUCGGACAAAUCAAUCAACCAAAACACGCGUCGGACAGUGAGGAUAGUGAAACUGAGGAUUAUAAUCAGAUUAAGGAUAGUGUAAAUCCAGUGACCGGAGCAAUUUAUCCAUCGGAUCACGGAAGUGCACUUGCCGGAAUGUCUGAAGAGCAAAAAGAGUAUGAAGCGAUGAAGCUGGUUGAUGCUAUGAAUCAAAUGAUGGAAACUGGAAUUGUGAAGCCCGGAACCAUUGGAGAUGACGGAAAAAUUCGCGAAGUCAGCCAUGUGUUGGAGCUCCUGAAGAAUGCUCCAGAACCAGCGCCGGCUGAGAAUUCGGAUUCUGAUGAAGAAUAAUUAUUUUUGAUUUUUCCAUUUUAACAUUUUGAAAAAAAUUCUUUUUAAAAAACCUUUAAAAAUUUGAAAAUAGCGAAUUUUUUUUUCUAUUUUUAUCUUAUAACACACUACAAAAUAUUGUUCAAAUUUUCCCUCACAGAAAUUUUCAAAAAAUUUCUCAAAAAGUGCCUAAAAUCCUGAAAUUUCCCCCUUUUUGUCUAAAAAUUCACUAAAAUCUUAUGAAUUUUCCACACAAAAAAAAGUGGAAUUUUUGUAUCAAUUUUACCAUCUGAAUUUGAGAAAUUACAUUCAAAAAUACACAAAAACAAUUUCCAAAUUUUCCACAUUUUUCGUUGAAAACAUUUUUUACCCAAAAAUCCCUCAAAUUUUGAAUUAUUCAAAAGUUUUUCCUGACAAAAUCCCCAUUUUUAUUGUAUUUUCCCCCCUCAAAACCCCCAAAAAUGGUCUAAAAAUCACAAUUUUCAAUGUGUAUAUUCCCCUUUAUUUCAGAUCUCUCAACGCAAAAUAUGCCAAUUUCCAAAGCUUUACCCCUUUUUUUAGUCAACUUACAGAAGUUCUCAAUCUAUUUUUCUUGUGAAUUUUAAUAAAUUUUGAUAUUUAUAAAGU